GUUUGUUGGUACUGGAGUGGAGAAGCCGAGGAGGUAUUAGGUAUACAGAGUUAUAGACGAUUGCAAAUUUUAGGGUUUGAGGAUUAGGGUUUUUGGCGAUCAAGGUAACCGUGCUCUCCUCAGGCUACCCACAAAUCUAAUCUCUGUCGACAAUGGCGGUCGGGAAGAAUAAGAGGAUAUCGAAGGGAAAAAAGGGUGGAAAGAAGAAGGCAGUCGAUCCCUUCGCCAAGAAGGACUGGUAUGAUAUCAAAGCGCCUUCAAUCUUCACCACUAGAAAUGUCGGGAAGACCCUUGUUACCAGAACCCAAGGAACCAAGAUAGCAUCAGAAGGACUCAAACACCGAGUGUUUGAGAUUUCCCUUGCUGAUCUUCAGGCCGAUGAUGAUCAAUCCUACAGGAAGAUCCGACUGAGAGCAGAAGAUGUCCAAGGAAGGAAUGUCCUCACUAACUUUUGGGGGAUGAAUUUCACCACAGACAAAUUAAGGUCUUUGGUGCGGAAGUGGCAGACAUUGAUUGAGGCACAUGUUGAUGUCAAGACUACAGAUAACUACACUCUAAGGAUGUUCUGCAUUGGAUUCACCAAGAGACGCCCUAACCAGGUUAAGAGGACCUGUUACGCACAAUCCAGCCAGAUCCGGCAGAUUCGCCGUAAAAUGAGGGAAAUCAUGGUAAACCAGGCAACAUCUUGUGAUCUGAAGGAAUUGGUGCAGAAAUUCAUCCCUGAGGUGAUCGGCAAGGAGAUUGAAAAGGCUACCUCAAGCAUUUAUCCCUUGCAAAAUGUCUUCAUUCGUAAAGUUAAGAUCUUGAAGGCUCCAAAGUUCGAUCUUGGCAAGUUGAUGGAGGUUCAUGGCGACUAUUCAGAAGAUAUUGGCAUUAAGAUGGAGAGGCCAGCAGAGGAAACAAUGGCAGAAGGAGAGACUGAAGUUGUAGGAGCUUAAAUGAUGGUUUUUCUUUAAUUUUCAGUGGAAGUUUUUGGUAUCCAUUACGUUAAUGAGAGAGAAGUUAAUUUAAUUUAAUUGGUGACAUACCCAGAUAAACGAUAACCUUUUUUUAUUCAUUUAGAAUUGUGAGCAGCAGAAUGUUUAUGACAUGAAGAGGAAAUAUUUAAAUGAGAUGAAUUGUACUUUUGUCUUAAACCAAGCCCAUCAAGCUCCCUUAAUAUUCUCUUUUUCAA